AUGGCGGACACCCUCCUCCGUCCCGAAGAGCCUGAGAACGCUGGAACUGUUGAGCUCAAGGAGAACACUGUCAUAGUCGUCCUGGGUGCUUCAGGUGAUCUUGCAAAGAAGAAGACAUUUCCUGCAUUGUUUGGCCUGUACCGAAACAAAUUCCUCCCACAAGACAUCAAGAUCAUCGGAUAUGCCCGUACUAAAAUGGAUCAUACUGAAUAUCUCAAGAGGGUCAGAUCAUACAUAAAGACCCCAACUAAAGAGGUGGAAGAGCAGCUGGACCAAUUCUGCUCCAUUUGCACAUAUCUCUCUGGACAAUAUGACCAAGAUGAGCCCUUCCAAAAGCUUGACCAGCAUAUCAAGGAAAUUGAGAAGAAUCGUAAGGAGGGCCACAGAGUCUUCUACAUGGCGUUGCCUCCCAGCGUCUUCAUUCCAGUCUCCCAACAUCUCAAGCGCAAUUGCUAUCCCCCGAACGGCAUUGCUCGAAUCAUUAUCGAGAAACCAUUCGGUAAAGACUUGGAUAGCUCAAGGCAGCUACAAAAGGCCCUUGAGCCUGACUGGAAGGAAGAGGAGAUCUUCCGUAUCGACCAUUACCUCGGAAAGGAAAUGGUGAAGAACUUACUCAUCCUCAGGUUUGGCAAUGAGUUCCUGGGUGCAACCUGGAACCGCAAUCACAUCGACAGUGUUCAAAUCACGUUCAAAGAGCCUUUUGGUACCGAAGGACGAGGCGGCUACUUCGAUGAAUUCGGCAUCAUUCGUGAUGUAAUGCAAAAUCACUUGCUACAAGUCCUGACUCUCCUCGCUAUGGAACGUCCGAUCUCCUUCUCUGCCGAGGACAUUCGCGAUGAGAAGGUUAGGGUUCUCCGUGGGAUUCCUAAAAUCGAGCCCAAGAACGUCAUCAUCGGACAAUACGGCAAGUCCUUGGAUGGUACCAAGCCUGCAUACAAGGAAGAUGACACAGUGCCCAAAGACUCCAGAUGUCCCACAUUCUGUGCGAUGGUAGCAUUCAUCAAAAACGAGAGGUGGGACGGUGUCCCAUUCAUCCUGAAGGCAGGCAAAGCUCUGAACGAGCAAAAGACGGAGAUCCGUAUCCAGUUCAAGGAUGUUACAUCUGGUAUCUUCAAAGAUAUCCCUCGAAACGAACUCGUUAUCCGUAUUCAGCCCAACGAGUCGGUCUAUCUGAAGAUGAACUCGAAACUCCCCGGUUUGUCGAUGCAAACCGUCGUUACCGAACUUGAUCUCACAUACCGCCGUCGCUUCUCCGAUCUGAAGAUCCCAGAGGCGUACGAGAGUUUAGUUCUUGAUGCCAUGAAGGGAGACCACUCCAACUUCGUUCGUGACGACGAAUUGGAUGCUUCCUGGAGAAUCUUCUCGCCCCUUCUUCACUACUUGGAUGAAAAGAAAGAGAUUGUUCCGAUGGAAUAUCCUUACGGGUCUCGUGGUCCUGCUGUUCUUGAUGACUUUACUGCCUCUUACGGAUACAAAUUCAGCGACGCUGGUGGUUACUCAUGGAAUACCGCCUCUACACCCAACAAAUUGUAG